GGAGGGGGGGGAUGGGGGGGCGUUAGUAGCAUCUGAAUAUAAAACGGAUUUUGUACGUACGGCAAUACAUGUUGUCUUAUCCUCAUGAUAGAUAUGAUAUGCAAACGUGUAUUGUAAAACCAAUGUGUUAUGUUCAUCUAUUCAUCAAGAGAAGAUAGUUAACAUAGAUCUAUUUUGAGGUGUGUGAAAUUACGGCAUCCAAAGUUAGGUUAAAAUGAACUACUGUAUGCAGGAAAGGUAUGAUGGAACAAUAGAAGCCAGUAAUGAUUACUGUAUGCAGCCUCCCAGUUAUUGUAUGUAUUCAGGGGGUAACCAAGUUUACAACAGUUAUGAAGCUCAGACUCUGCACAAUAGCAACAUUUGCAUGGACCCCACCUGGGUAGCAAACCAGCCUUCAAGUUACCCUGGAAACCUGUUCAAGAACGACUAUUGUAACAUGGACUCAAGUAUGAACAGCCUUUGCCAAGCUGAGUAUUUUACAGAUGAAACAGAUGUUUAUUAUCAAGACCAGUCAUCAACCUUCAAAAAAGGUUACAUACCAAGCUAUUUGGACAAGGACGAACUCUGUGUUGUGUGCAGUGACAAAGCCACAGGAUAUCACUAUCGCUGCAUCACCUGUGAAGGCUGCAAGGGCUUUUUCAGGAGAACAAUACAGAAAAAUCUUCAUCCAUCCUACAGCUGUAAAUAUGAAGGAAAAUGUAUCAUUGACAAAGUGACUAGAAAUCAAUGUCAAGAAUGCCGGUUUAAAAAGUGCAUCACAGUUGGCAUGGCGACUGAUUUGGUGCUGGAUGAUGGCAAACGGUUAGCAAAACGCAAGCUAAUAGAGGAAAACCGAGAAAAGAGGCGCCGAGAAGAAGUGAUAAAACACCUUGUAACCAAACCCGAGCCUUCACAAGAGGAGUGGGAACUUAUUAGAGUUGUAACAGAGGCGCAUAUGGCAACCAACGCCCAAGGAAAUCAUUGGAAGCAGAAGCGUAAAUUUCUGUCUGAGGAUAUUGGACAAGCACCAAUAGUUAAUGCACCCGAAGGGAGCAAAGUUGACCUGGAAGCCUUCAGCGAGUUUACAAAAAUCAUUACACCUGCAAUUACAAGGGUGGUGGAUUUUGCCAAAAAGCUACCAAUGUUCUGUGAGCUGCCAUGUGAAGACCAGAUAAUCCUUCUGAAGGGCUGCUGUAUGGAAAUCAUGUCCCUCAGGGCAGCAGUCCGCUAUGACCCUGAGAGUGAGACUUUAACGCUAAAUGGCGAGAUAGCUGUGAAGAGAGAACAGCUAAAAAAUGGAGGCCUUGGCGUAGUGUCUGAUGCAAUCUUUGAUCUAGGAAUAUCUCUGUCUGCAUUCAAUUUGGACGACAGUGAAGUCGCUCUACUCCAGGCUGUGCUUUUGAUGUCUUCAGAUCGACCUGGCCUUACCAAUAUAGAAAAGAUAGAAAAAAACCAAGAGUCCUUUCUUCUUGCAUUUGAACACUACAUUAAUUAUCGCAAACAUAAUAACGUUACUCACUUUUGGCCAAAACUACUGAUGAAGGUGACCGACCUGCGAAUGAUUGGAGCCUGCCACGCAAGCCGCUUUCUUCAUAUGAAGGUGGAAUGCCCGACAGAACUUUUCCCUCCUUUAUUCCUGGAAGUCUUUGAAGAUUAGAAAUGGGAGUAUGAGCAGCUUGGCUGUCUGUGAACUACGUUAGCACUACUGAACAAUGCUUCAUUGCACUUCAUAGGGUACCUUUUUCCUAGAUAUGGUUGGAAACAUUCCAUUAAUGCGGGUACUAGUGAUUUUGUGGACGUAGCUUUUUGUACACAUUCUUGCUUAUUUUGUGGAGUGUGUGUGGUUGUUAGUUUCCAAAUGUACAGUAUGGUAGAAUAUUGUUUGUGUCAGGAACUCCAAACACCAGGUGUCGUAUGAAUUUUCCCUUGCAUGGAUCUUAGUCACUGUAGUGUAAGGCCAAACCAAUUUGAUUUUUUUAUCUGAAGGAUAAUUUCAAAACGUAUUUGUAAGGUGAAAAGCGAAGUAAAGUCUUAAUUUCGUUUGGCACACAUCUGUGGGCUCGGAGAACAAUGACAGCUCUAAGCCAUCCCUCUUCAAUAUCUGAGAAGUAUAGCCUUACUAUUCAGUAGUCUCAUAAUGGUGCUUUACCAAGGAUCGCGAGCGAUGCUUGUUUUACGUACAACAUGCUCAAAUAAACCGGCAAUUCACAUACACAAUUAACAUAGGAAAAUUGCA